AUGUGGUUGCGGAGGUUACUUACGGAGAUAGGAUUUCCUCCAACACAGAAGAGUCAGUUAUUCUGCGACAACAAGGUGGCGAUCAGUAUUUCAGAAAAUCCAGUGCAACAUGACACGACUAAGCAUGUGGAAGUAGAUCGACAUUUCAUUAAGGAGAACCUAGAAAAAGGAGUCAUAGAAUUUCCAUUUGUGAGGUCAGAGGAUCAGUUGGCAGACAUCUUAACCAAAGCUGUUAAUUCUAAAAUGUUCAAAGAAGUUUUUGGAAUCCCACCGGAUCAGAAGCGAUUGAUUUUCGCCGGAAAGCAGCGUGAAGAUGGCCUAACAAUUGCUGAUUACAACAUACAGAAAGAGCCGACUCUGCAUUUGGUAUUGAGGCUUAGGGGAGGUAUCAUUGAGCCUUCGCUUAUGGCAUUGGCUAGGAUCUACAUCAAGUAG